AUGGCUCAAUCAAUUAACAUCAAAUUCCCCAAUGGCAUUUCUGCCGAUAUCCCCACUGGUCUCUUCAUCAACAAUGAAUUUGUCAAGUCCUCAGAUGGCAAGACCUUCCCUGUUUUUAACCCCUCUACUGAAGAACAAAUCUGUGAGGUUUACGAGGCCAAUGAGGCUGACGUUGACGCCGCUGUCGAUGCUGCUGAAGCUGCCUUUGAAGAUUGGGGUUUUGGUGACUCUUCUCGCCGUGGCCGUCUCUUGACUAAGCUUUCUGACCUCAUUGAGGAACAUGCUGAGACCCUUGCAUCCAUUGAGUCCCUUAACAAUGGUAAGCCCAUGUCUCUGGCUCGCAUUGACGUCCAACUUUCUGCUGACUGUAUCCGCAGUUAUGCUGGCUGGGCCGACAAGCUCUAUGGUGACGUCUUGCCCGCUGGUGAUGACAAUUACUUUUCAUAUGUCCGCCGUGAACCCAUUGGUGUCUGUGGUCAAGUCAUUCCUUGGAAUUUCCCUCUUCUCAUGUGGGCCUGGAAGGUUGGCCCUGCUCUUGCUGCCGGUAACACUGUUGUUCUCAAGAGUGCUGAAUCCACUCCCCUCUCCGCUCUCUACGCUUCUACUCUUGUUAAGGAAGCUGGUAUUCCUGCCGGUGUUUUGAACAUUGUCUCUGGUUACGGUCAGACUGGUCAGUACAUUACUUCUCACAUGAGAAUUAAGAAGAUUGCCUUUACCGGUUCUACCGCCACUGGUCGCCACGUUAUGAAGGCUGCUGCUGCUUCUAACCUCAAGAAGGUUACUCUUGAGCUUGGUGGUAAGUCUCCCAAUAUUGUUUUUGCUGAUGCCGAUCUCGACAAGGCUGUUGAGUUUGCCAACAUGGGCAUUUACUUCAACUCGGGUGAAGUCUGCUGCGCUGGUUCUCGUAUCUAUGUCCAGGACUCCAUCUACGAUACCUUCCUUGAGAAGCUCAAGGCUCGUGCUGAGAAGAAUGUUGUUGGUGACCCAUUUGAUGAUAAUACCUUCCAGGGUCCCCAGACCUCUAAGAUCCAGCUUGACCGUAUUCUGAGCUACAUUGAGCACGGUAAGAAUGAGGGUGCUCGUGUUAUUACUGGUGGUAAGCGUCUUGACCGCAAGGGUUACUUUAUCCACCCCACCAUUUUUGCCGAUGUCACUGAAGACAUGAAGAUUGUCAAGGAGGAGAUUUUCGGUCCCGUCGUCACCAUUACCAAGUUUUCUACUACUGACGAGGUUAUCAAGCUUGCCAACAAUACCGAGUAUGGUCUUGCUGCUGGUAUUCACACCACCAACAUUAACAAGGCUCUUCACGUUUCUGCAAAGAUUCAUGCUGGUACUGUUUGGGUUAACACUUACAAUGAUUUCCACCACAAUGUUCCGUUUGGCGGUUAUGGCCAGUCUGGUAUUGGCCGUGAACUUGGCCGUGAGGGUAUCUUGGAGUCGUACACUCAGCCCAAGUCUGUCCGUGUUAAGCUUGAUUUGGCUGCUUAA